AUGUCGGAGCGUAAUUGGUGCAAACUUAUUUGCCAUAUCAAUGUUCGAAUUGGUUGGACGAUUUUUGGAAUUCUUUUCGGGAUUUCUGCAUUUUUGACGUAUUCGAUUAAGUUUCAGGUGAACUUGAUUUCAAAAAAAAAUUUUUUUUUUUAAACGUUUUUUUUUGCAGAAUUGGUCAUCUACAGCCACAUGUUUUAUUGCAACUUUAUUCGCCUGUCAAACACUUUAUUUAUAUUGGGGAAUGAAGAAGGGAACGAUUAUUAAUUGGCCUGAGUGGGUUUUUCAUGCGAUGGUUUGGCCAAGUAAGUUUAUUUCUCAAACUAGGCCCAGCUACUUAGCCUAACUCCUUUCAGAUAUCAUUAUUGGAGCUCUUGGAUUAAUCGGAAUGAUUGUUUGUUUUGUGAUCGCUGGAAUCAAUAAACAAGGAGCUGCAAGUAUGCAAGAUAUGUAUGGCGAGAAUCUUUGGUUCACCGGAUCUUGGAGUUUUGUCAUAACUAAAUGGACGUGGCAAAACGCAUAUUUCUCGAGAAAUCAUCUGAAAAUGCUGAAUGCUCCGCAACCCGAAAUUGAAUCGAUUGGGGAUGCGAAUCCGGCGGAAUGGAAGUAUUAG